AUGGGAUUGUUUAGAAAAUCGAGUAAUAGCUCAAGUAGCUCGGGUGGUCAUCAACCAGAUGUCAAGUUGACAAAAGAAGAUAGAGAGAAUUUCAAAAUUCGCACUGCUUCCGUUCAUGAUCCAAUCUUGGAAGCUGUGCAGGAAGCGCAACCAUUUGAACAGGCUGCUGACGCGCUUCAAGAGGACCCAAACAGACGGUCUUACUACUCCAAUGGUGAAAAUGGCCAACAUCUGCGUGAUGUCUUCGGACAGCCCAUCAGACAGCCUGACGUCUCCAACCCCACACGGGCCAGAGAUGAGAGACCACUCGACACUAUCAGAAGUUUUGAGUACUCGAUCUCGGGAGAUCCAUCGUGGUCGCAACGCCUUGAGACCCAGCAGUAUGGGUUUCGUGUGAGGCCCGAUUUUCCUACCUUUGGUAACGGUAAUCCAUAUGCUAUGACUGGCGAUCAAGGUGCGGCCAUGCCGUCCUCUGCUUAUGCCACACAGGAGCAGGCCAUCUACCAAGCCCCAGUUCCCGUUGAAGAAGGUAAAAAGAAGAAGAAGAGAGGAUUGUUUGGUAGGAAAAAGAAGGAUUGA